AUACCGAGAAAAAUCUCGAACAACUCACUAAAGCUGAGUGUAUUUUAGAUUUUGUGGCUGAAGAAGUGACAAAAAGAAUGAUGUCUUCCCACAAUGCAGUUGUUUACAAUCUCCCUGAUCGCAUACACCCAAAUAAGUUGAGGGACAUCUGCCUUAAAGCAUGCGAUAUGCUGAAGGUCAACUGCCAAGUCAUCCGCCUUAGAAAAAAGUCGGAUAGAUUGACUUGCCCUCUACUAUUUAAGUUUGGCUGUUGUAACGAUGCUAAACAGUUUAUUGAUUUGAGCAAAAAUAUCAGCUCUUUAGUUCCAUACAAAAGCAUUAAAGUCACUCCUGACCUAACACCGUGUCAACGUCGUAUAAGAAGACGUGAAGCAAUAGAAUCGUAUGACAGAGUGAUAGUAAAAAACCAGCUAAAGACAGUAUGCAACAAAAUGAAUGAUAUAAAGUGCAUGGAUAACAAGCAUGAUGUUAUACCACAAACGACUGGUCCAUCCGUAGAUCUAGAUGAGUCUGCAGAUCUGAAAUCUUUGAAUAAGAUACGGUCCCCAUCUGUCACUAAAAGGCGUGACGGCAUCUCUGAUCCCGGGUGUUCGCUCAGUAUAAUACCAAAAUGUGGGCCGUGUAACGAAACACACCCAACUAAACAUAUUCAUGUAAAAUUUGGUUCCACAAGAGGAUUCGAAAGAACCUAAGUUCAUCUCACAGAGGCCAAGAAACCUUCAUCUCUGACAAAAAAGACUGGGGAGAUAAAAUCCAAAAUACGAAAUAGGGGGACACGUAAGAUUGAGGCCAACUGUUCUGUGAGUAUCCCAACAACAGUGAAUAGGUUCUAUCCGCUGAUAUCAUGUAACUUGCCAUCAACACCUCGCACAAUGGGUAGUACGCUUGAGCGUAACAAACCUUUUUACACACACACUCACAAAAACUAUCAAAAUACUGAUCACUCCACUCACCUUCUUAAGCCUAAAACCGUUAAUAAACAUGGUAACUACAGGUUCCUCAGCCCACACCCUAUGUACAUUCCCCAGAAUCACAAUUGUAAUUACUCUCAGAAUGAGAACUUUCCAGUAUCAACCCACCACAUGAAGACGGCCUCCAUAUAUAACAACAGUCGUAACCACUUCCAGUUACGAGCAUCAGACCCCCUCAUGCUCGCACUAGCGCAAAUAGUUAUAACAGAGGCUACGAGCUUAACCAUCAAAACUGUCUUGCAAAUAACAGUACACUUUACAGUCAACAUGUACCAGAUUUUUUUGGAAUAAGGCCUCUAGUUGCACCCCUGUUGAAGCAUAUAGCCCUAGUCAUUUCAAACCAAGUGCGGAACAUAAACUCGCUUCCCCCGUACAGUUUGCAUCAGAAAGUACUCCCACCCUUUCCUCCUGGAUAAACUCCCCAAGCAACUUCACUAGCUCAUUUGAUACAUGCCCCAGUAACUCUAGCUAUCAAAAUACAGAGCUAUUGAAAAACACUCAAUCCAUUACUUCAAACAUACAUCACUCACGCGAGGCUCAUGACAUCUUUAAUCGAGAUACUCUCACUCACUUUAACUUAGUAGGCCACUUGUUUAAUAUGUGUCUUAUCAACGCUAGGUCGAUCUGCAAUAAAAGGACUGAUUUAGCUCUGUUUGCUUCCAUAUAUCAACCAUCACUUAUAAUGAUAUCUGAAGCAUGGACUAACAGUAAUAUUUCCGAUCUAAGUAUAUCUCUUGAUAACUACCUCCUAUAUAGAUGCGAUAGAUUGAAAGGACGAGGCGGAGGGUGCCUUAUUUAUGCUCACUCUAGCUUAAACUCACUACUAAGCGAUAUACCUGAACUAAACAAACUGAAGGACUCGGUGUGGAUUGUUUUAAAGCCAUCAAAUUCCAUUACCUUACUGUUCGGCUGUAUCUACCAGCAACCUAACUUGGCAAUAGGUGAAAUAGCAGUAUUAUAAGAGGUAUUCACACUAGCAUCAUCCCUUCCAUUCACAGGCAAGCUCAUUUGUGGUGACUUCAACAUGCCUGAAAUUUCUUGGUUUCCAGUCAAAGCUCCGAAACGUUAUGAAUCAUUUAUUGAAUGUCUAGAACUAGGACAGUGGACUCAAUAUGUUAGUAGCCCUACCAGACAUCAAAAUAUCUUGGACUUAGUCUUUACCAGUGGCCUCACCCCCAAUACUGUGUAUAUUGGAAAAAAGUUCCCAGGUAGUGAUCAUAACACUGUCGUAUGUAGCCUUAAUAUAAAAAACACAAACGGUAGACGUAAAAAUGUAACCCUUCGUAGAAACUAUCGUAAGGUAGAUUGGAAUAAUUUUCACAAUUACCUAAGAACCACUGACUGGGGAACAUUCUUUACUGCAAACAAUACCGACACACUAACCAAUAUAUUUUAUCACAACAUCGAAAGUAUCAUGAACAAAAUCGCACCUUUAGAGUACUGGAGACCUAAGUUUUCUAAAGAUCUGUUUAUACCGGCCGGUACACGAAGACGUCUGCAGAGACAUUGUACUCGCUUCCACAACUCUAAUAACUCCUCCUCUUUAGUAACGAUGACAGAAAUACUUGUCCAGACAGACGCAAUAAGUACACAAAAAGCAAUCGAACAGGAAAAACGUGCUGUCGAACUUAGUAAUAACUCCUCAGCACUCACCACACUCUUUCAAAAUAAAAUUAAACGUUCUAAGUCGAGAGGAAACAUAUUUAUUAAAGACAAACAAGUAUACGAAGAUCCUAAACUUGUUACGGAACUAUUCAAUGAACACUUUUGUUCCUCAUUAACUGAUGAAAAACCACUUAAUGAUUCAGAACUUAUCACAGCAUCUGCCUGUGAGAUUACUAACGUAGACUUCAAUGUACAGAAUAUCUCUAAGGCAAUUAGUACACUGAAACACUCCUACACUGAUGGACCAGAUGGUAUUCCGGCUAGCAUGCUAAAACGUGGAGGCGAUGAUAUGUGUGUUUUAUUACUCAAACUAUUUGCGAUAUCACUCUCUACAGCGCAUUACCCUACUGCCUGGAAAACUACACACAUCAUUCCCAAAAUUAAAACAGGACCUGAAGCAAAUGUUGAAAAUUACCGACCCAUAAACAUAACUUCAGUGGUGUCUAGAGUGAUGGAGAAAGUAGUUAAAGCGGCGUUAGUCCAACAUGUAAUUACUAAUAAUCUCAUCUCGGUCUCCCAACAUGGAUUUCUUAGGUCCAGAUCAUGUGAUACAUGCCUAGUGGACUACAUGAAUGAUAUAACUCUAAAACGAGACAAUGGACUCCUUGUAUCAGUCAUAUUUUUAGACUUUAAGAAAGCUUUUGAUAAGGUUCCACACGAACGGCUACUAGCCAAACUACGGUCCUUCGGAAUCAACAACCCACUCUAUUCACGGUUUGUUUCAUUCUUAAAGGGACGUAAACAAAUGGUAAAGUACAACGACUGUCUCUCAUUACCUAGACCAAUAACUAGUGGCGUCAUCCAGGGAAGUGUAUUAGGCCCACUUUUGUUUCUCAUGUAUAUAAACGAUAUAUGUAGCAUCAUAAAAUCUGGGAAACCAUACUUAUAUGCUGAUGAUCUCAAAAUAGUAUACAGCUAUAAGCCUGAGGCUCUAAGUGAAAGUGUACCCCUGAUUCAAGAUGAUCUCAAUAACCUAACUAUCUGGAGCGAAAAGUGGCAAUUACCAUUUAACCUCCACAAAUGCGGGAUCAUGCACUUUGGAAAGCACCCCUAUGAACCCCAACUUUACUUAAAUAAAAGUAAAGUCCAGACACUUAAUUCAGUACACGAUCUAGGAAUAAAUUACACAGGAAGCCUAAACUUUAGAGCACACGCCUCCUUUAUUAUUUCUAAAGCCAGACGUCUAAUUGGCUUCAUAACCAAAAAUUUCUUCACGACAGAUGCCAAGCUUACUCUCUACAAAAUAUGUGUACGACCUUCCUUAGAAUACUGCUCUUUUAUCUUCUCUAAUAUGAAUACCACUGACAAAAUAAGAGUAGAAGAUGUUCAAAGACGCUUUACACGCCAACUGCUAGGAAGUGACACCACUCUUGAUUACACAAGUAGAUGUAAGCACUUCUCUUUAGAACCUUUAUGGCACCGUAGGUUAAGGAACAAUCUGAUAUCUCUCUACAAAGCAAUAAAUGGACUGUCAUUCCUAACCUCCUGUCCAACUAUGAUCAAUGACCCAGCCUAUAGACUAAGAAACAAUGCAUAUACACUAUUUACCGAAAAACACCAAAAACAAAUGCGUUGUUUUUUUACAGUUCGGUAUAGUUUAUUGUGGAACAGGUUGCCAAUACCUAUCCGUAACUGUGACACCUUUACCAAAUUUAAAAGGCUAAUAACCCUGCUACUAAACUCUAAAGAACUUCACCAACUAUUCCUUGAACUCCCGCCUACCAAUGAGGCACUUUAUUAUGGACCGCCCAAUAUCUAGACGGAACAAAAAUAUAACGAACUUUAUUGUCGUUAGUAUGAAUAUAGCAAAACUAAAGAAAACAUGCUUUAUCCUUCCCCAUUAUUUAUUGAUUUUUAACCAUUGCCUUCCGCUUCUAACCCUCAUUUUCAGUUUCCGAAUCUCUCUAAUGGAUAAAUCCAAAUUAUUCUUCCUAAGUGUCAUGUCCUUUUGUUUUUCUUAUUACAAGUAGACAGAUAACUCACUAAUCUUAUGGAUGCUGACCAACUAAGGCCGAUCAAAAGAAGCUCAUACGUCCUAAAUUCUUGUGAGUUGUUCAAUGUUUUAUUUUUUCUUACCCUGAAAAUUUUACAAUAUUUACUAUCAUAUCCUCUGGUUUGCUAUUAGCCCUUACCAUCUCUUAACCACAUAUAAUCUGACUUGUCUCUUCUAACCUUUACCAUUAGUUAUCUUCAUAGUAGUACGAUAUAUUAAAUGGAUAUCUAACCCAUAAUACAAAUGCUAUAACCAUCUGAUUUGCUUGUAACAUGGAACUUAUAGAGACAGUGUAUUCCAAAUAU